UUGUCAGCCUUUACGAGGCGGAAACGUGUAUCGUUAAAUAUUUGUUUGUAAUUUAGCUAGUAAUGUUAGCAUGUUUGUGCAAUUAAAAUUAAUUCCAAGUUACUUGAUCUUCUGAUCAUGCACUCUCUGUUGCAGUUGCUUUUGUGCAAGCGUUGCAGUUCCUACCACCAUACUUAUGCGAUGCUGCCCUCCGCCGAGAUGAAGAGCCCCAUCAGACCCUGUUAAUGAGGUUGCUGCCCAGAUGAACUGAAGGACAGCACUGUCUGUUAAACACCCCAUCGACAAAUUGACCAACUCCAUGAUGAGUACUCCUUUCAAAAUCCCAAAGAGGAAGUCCCCAGAGUCCAGGUGUGUCCAGAUGGAGUCACCAUUGUCCCGUCUCCAGGAUACCAGCUUCCAGAAGAUGCAGUGGACUCAUUGCCCUGAAAAGGGGAGGAAGCCUCAAGGAGUCUCUCCCUUGAAUGGGAUUGUUUCCUCAAAUCGCAGCCAGCCGGUACAAGGCAAGGGCAAAGGCAGCAUGUGUGCCACGCUGGUCCUGACAGACAUUCUGAAGACAGAGUUGGGACUGGGAUACCUGAACAAGGGAAGGAAUGGCCAGCGGAUUGAGACAUGCUCGGACAGCAAUGGAAAAGAACCAUCAACACACAGCAAGCAAAGAGAUUCCCCGACACACAGUGAAGAAAAAGGUUCACAGAUACACAGCAAGAUGAAGGAUUCACAAAUGCACAGCAGGGGGAGAAAUCCACCAACACACAGCAAACAAACAGAUUCACAGACACACAAAAAGAUGAAGGAUGCCUGGACAAACAGCAAACAGCUGGACAGUCGGACAUUCAGCAAUGGGUUGGAUUCCCAGCCAGACCGUGCAAGCUGGGCAGGAGCAUCUGAACAGAGGCUCUCUGGCUCUUCAUCGUUACAGCUGAACAGGUCCCGUCCCAGAAGAGCGUCAGACACCUUGUGUGGAGACAGGAGCCAGCAGACAGGGUCAAGCCCAGGCCAGCUCAGGAGGAGCAGUGUGGGAUUGAGAGAUUCUUCACAGUCAGAGAGGAGCAGAGCUGUGGAAGGAGAAAGGGAGACAGACAGUAAACAGACCCCCAGGAAGGACACGGGAAGGCUUCCAUGGGUGGGUGAGAGGGAGAGUGCCUCGCCUGAAAACUCCAAACGCAGGAAGGAAAUUUCCAGACGUGAGGACUUGGCCAGUGAAAACAAAGAGGAGGAGAGGAGGAGAAGGGACACCUCAGGGCCUCUGAGGAAUGGAGAAAUCGAGAAUGGCGCUGCCGAGUGGUGGGCCUCAGGAGUGUCCAGAGGGAGCGUCUUGCGACACUCGGGGGAGAACAUGAGUGGGGACAAGGCCCCUAAAUGUCUCAGUCCGGAGGGGUCACAGAGCAAACCCUCCUCUGCUGGGUCAGUGGAAGCAGAGCCUGUAGGCUCACGUCCUGACCCACAGACCCGUGAUGAAGUGCAGGGGUACCCUAACCAUGAUGCCCACAAGCCCAGAGUCAAGAGAACCCCUGCCAAGUUACCUUCCUCCUCCAGCCAGCCAAAAAAGCCCAAACUCAGCCCCACAGAACCAAUUGUCCUGUCCAGUGAUGAAGAUGAGGGAGAAGUUAGAAGAAGCAGUGACUCAGACACACCCUUCAACCCUGACCUACCCCUCCCACAGCUGACCCUGGACACCAACAGCGAGAGCACUGACAAGGCACAGGUGGAGGCGACAAAUGCCCUGGAUGAUGAACCUGUCCAACAUUUGAGUACAGAGGAGCUUCUUGAUCCGGCAGAAAUCCCCCAAGAGCCUGCCAUCAUAGAGCUGUCCUUUUUUGCUCUGCACGUUGGGAGUGUGAGGGCCGAGGCCAAUGGGAAGAUCAUGAUCACCGAGGACUGCAUCAACAUUCCUCUGAAAGACUCCUCAGGUAAGGUGGAGGUGAUGGUGUCACUGGUGGCGUCCCAGUUACUCAGGUAUGGCGUGUGGGACGGCAGCGUGUUGUGGGACAGGGACGAGGAGAGUCCUGUCCCCUCACUCUUCUUCCUGUGGGUUUCGGAUGCCCAGGCCCAGCUCAUCCAGACGGAGCUGUCAGCGAUCCACCCCGUCAAUUCCCCUGGGCCAGCAAGUCCAUUCCUUCUCUUCACUAUGUGUGAAAGCUUGGAGGGCUUGCAGGGAGUGCUGCUGGCCUCACUGAUGGAGAUGCUGGCCCUACACAGCGGGGAGCGGGACCUGAUACACCCCUUCUCCUGUAGCCAAGGCCUGGCCAUGAUCCGGAGCACUGGGCGGGACGCCCAUCUCCUGGCCCUCCUGGACCAGGACGUGGCGACUGACCACAACCUGGAGAAGCAGCUGCAGCCCGGCACCAGUCAGACUGGCCUCGAACCCGCCCCCUCUGAGCAGGACGAUGCGACACUUCCCAGGCCCAGCUACACGCUGUGCCACUCUAGAAUCAGAGACUCGUACCUGGUGUCCAUUACCCAGAGACCCAGCCCCACCUGCAGGCGCGACAAGCACCAGGGCCCACCACGCAGGUUGAUUCUUUUCCCUCCUCCUCCCUCCAAAGGGGGCAUUACCGUGACCACAGAGGACCUGGAGUGUCUCGACAGUGGCGAGUUCCUGAAUGAUGUUAUCAUUGACUUCUACCUCAAGUAUCUGAUGCUGGAGAAGGCCCCAAAGACAGUGGCUGAGAGAUCGCACAUCUUCAGCAGUUUCUUUUACAAGCAGCUCACCCGCAAAGACAACGCCAGCGAGGAGGCAUCUGGCUUCUCGGCACAGCACAGACGACACCAGAGAGUGAGGACAUGGACCCGGCAUGUAGACAUCUUCAACAAGGAUUACCUGUUUGUGCCUGUGAAUCAGGAGGCUCAUUGGUACCUGGUGGUCAUCUGCUUUCCUGGCCUAAUGGAGCCCCAGUGUGAGACAUGGAGCAGGCCAGCUGUAGUGGGAGACCUUGGGGUAAAAAGGAAAAACGAGUCCCAGGCUGAGGCCCAGGCCGUGGGGGGCAGACAGCCAAAUGGCAUCAUCACUAAACUCAUUUCCAAGGGGGGAAGUGACAACCAGGGAAGGGUGGCAGGUGGCACAAAGGGAGACGGAGAGAAGUCCCCACAUGGCAUGCUGAGAUCAUAUAGUGUGCCGGAAUGUACACAACUGGGUUGUAAGCGGGAAACCAUCUUGAAGAGACCCUGCAUUCUCAUCAUGGACUCUCUGAAAUUGUCAUUCCAUGAGCGCGUCCUCAAACUCUUACGGGAGUACCUGCAGGUGGAAUGGGAGGUACGACGGGGCACUCCUCGAGACUUCACUUCGGAUCAGAUGAAAGGGUCUCACUGCAGGGUCCCACUGCAGGACAACAGCAGUGACUGUGGGGUCUACCUACUUCAAUAUGUGGAGACCUUCCUGCAGAACCCAGUGGUCCACUUUGAGCUCCCCUUGCGUCUGGAGCACUGGUUUCCACGGCAGCAGGUUCGGAGGAAGCGUGAUGAGAUCAGGGAUCUGGUACUGCAGCUGUACCGAAAACAGGGUGGUGUAAGCGGCGGCAGCAGGUAACGCAGGUGGGCUGCGCAGUUGGGCUGCGCAGAUGGACAGACAGAAGAACUGAAACUCGCAAAGCCCUGCACAGACCUGCAUAUCUGCCUAGCCACUCACCGCCUUGACGAGUUUGAAAAUACAGUGGCCUCUUUUUAUAAAAUAAAGCCAUCGAAAAACGGCUCAGUUAUAUUUUAUUCUAUUACAUAUUUUAUAAUUUAUUUUUACU